CAACAACAACAACAAGUGGGUGACGGGAGUGCCCGAGGCACUUUGGUUUGCUCCGGUACACAGUUCGCUUCAGACUGUAUUCCACGACUUCCGAACCGACGAAGCAGAGAUAGAGAGAGACGGACGGAGUACAAUGCACCCUGCGAGGCUUUUUGUCAACGGGGACGAAAACUGAAAAAUGCGGCGGGAUUAUCGCUCGACGCAGUACAGUCGCAAGGGUAAGCGGCCGCAGCUAGCUAGCCGCAGCACCCAUACACACCAGCACAGCGCGAGCCAUAUGUCGUCUAUCGGCGUGAAGAGAAAACUUCCGCCUCCACCGGGAAGCCCCGAUUACUUUGCUUCUUCUCGCGGAGGAGGUCGAAAGGACGGGAGCAGAGGUGCCGGGCAACAAGGCAGGGGAGGAGGACUUGGUGGCGGUGGUGGCCGAGGGGGUAGAGGGAGAGGGAGGGGCCGUGGUAGAGGGCAUGGUGGUGGUGGCAGAGGACAACGACGAGGUAGCGGUGGUGGGGCAGGGGCAGCCCGCGUGCGAGGUGAGCAAGCCAUGGAUCGACAGCUGGAGAAGUAUGUCCGUGGACCAGGAAACUCCACCGAGAAAUUGACAGACCAAAAGCUGCGAAGCGGCCUGGAGCGGAUGGAGAAGAAGUUCGAGGACGCCGCCCACAACACGGCGGUCGCGGAGCUCCUAUUGCCCGAAGAUGCGGGGUUCCUAGAAGCGGAGGGCAUGGAAGAGACCUUCAAGUUCGGCCAAGAUCAACUCAAGGAAGCGGUGGACGUGAACACGGCUCGGGAGAUGUUCGACCUCUCCCUGCCGGACCUCGGGCCGUACGCGAUAGACUACACCAAGAACGGACGCUUCUUGCUCUUGGGCGGUCGAAAGGGGCACCUCGCCCUCAUGGACACGCUCAGGAUGGACAUUCAGAUGGAGGUGCAGCUAAGAGAGACCAUCCGAGACGUCAAGACCCUGCACAACGAGAACCUGGUAGCCGUUGCACAGAAGAAGUACGUCUACAUCUACGAUAACCAGGGGGCCGAGGUGCAUUGUCUCCGGGAGCACGUGGAGCCGCGAAGGCUGGAGUUCUUGCCCUAUCACUUCCUGCUUGGGAGUGUGGGACGCACAGGUUACGUCAAGUACACGGAUAUCAGCACGGGUCAGCUGGUGGCGGAGAUGGGCAGCAAGCUCGGGGCGUGCGACAGCCUGCGAGCAAAUCCCCACAACGGUGUCCUACACGCCGGGCACCACAACGGCGUCGUCACGAUGUGGUCCCCGGCGAUGGGGAAGCCUCUGGUGCGAAUGCUGGCGCACCCGGCUCCUAUCACGAGCCUCGCUGUCGAAAAGGGCGGACACUACAUGGUCACGUCGGCGAUGGACAAGCAGACGAAGGUGUGGGAUCUCCGAACGUACAAGGAGGUCCACUCCUACUUGACCAAGACUCCCCCCACGGACAUGGACAUCUCGGAAAGAGGCCUGCUCUCGCUGGGCUUUGGGUGUCACGUCCAGGUAUGGAAAGAUGCGAUCGCCACCAAGGCAAAGGCCCCGUACAUGGAGCACGACCUGCCGUCGAGGUUGAUUCACCGGACUCGCUUCCGCCCGCUGCAGGAUGUCUUGGGAUUGGGACACACCGAAGGGUACUCCUCGAUGGUAGUGCCCGGGGCGGGGGAGCCAAACUUCGACACGUUCGAAGCGAACCCUUUCCAGACCUCGAAGCAGCGCAGGGAGUCGGAGGUCGUGUCCCUCCUCGAGAAGCUUACGCCGGAGACCAUCGGCCUCGACCCUUCCUUCGUCGGCAGGGUCGACGCCGACCCCGUCGCGCUUCAAGCAGAGCAGCGAGCUAUCAUGGAGGCCGCCAACACGAGAGGGCCGAAGGUGGUCAAGGAGAAGAAGAAGAUGAGGGGCAGGAGCAAGGUGGCCAAGAAGCUCCAGAAGAAGCAGAAGAAUGUCGUGGACGUUGGAGUGAAGAAACUGAGGGAGAAGAGGGAGGCCGAGCAGGGGAGGGAGAGGGCGAGGGAGGACACCAGGAAGAGAGAAGCGCAGGCUCGAGAGGCCCCUGCCGCCCUCGGCCGUUUCUUCAAGAAGUAAUAGUGUGUAGUACUGUAGCUGUGCUUUGUUUAUCUGUUUCUUGAUGCGUCGAGUGUGUCAUCCGUGCACAGAGCGAUUUGUUGUGUCAGGGUGUUGGCCGUUUUCAUGGAUUCCCUUGCUGCUCGGUGGUUUUGAUUAUUCAAGGCGAGGUCGGACGGUACAUGGUUCAGCGACACGUGUGAUGCUCUUUGGCGGCGUUUUUUAAAAAAGAUUACACGGCGUAGCCUGCGUGCAGCGUGGCCAGAACAUUUUCUCCCAAGAGCAUCUAAGAUUACGAGUUUGUGGCCGCGCCUUGUAUCGGAGGAAGCGUUUUGCCACCUGCUACGAACGAGCAGAGUAACCGCCCUUCACACACAACGGGGGAGUUUUUGUGAC